AUGAAUCGAGGGGACGAGGAGUACGACCAGGACGGGGACUACGCCGUCAGCGGGAUGGAGGACUUCGGGGAGACGCAACUGGACAGCCAGGAAUCCGGAGACGACGACAGCAACGCGGAGUACUCGUACCCAGAGGAGGAGGGGGACUACUCUAACUACUACAAUGAGUACGGGGACGAGGACGCGGAGGAGGACGCGGAGGAGGAGGAGCGGGAAGACACAGAGGCUGUGGGGCGCGGGCCGGGCGGAAGGCCCGACCGAUGGGUGUCGUCGCUGCAGGAGCUGCUGGGUACGCUGGCGCAGGGGCUGGAGGCGCGGCGGGCGGGCGAGGACGGCGGGGCGCGGCGGGUGAACCUGGCGGAGGUGUUUCCGGAGUACCGGCAGAUGUUCGGGAUGGGCGGGGGCGCGCGUGGCGAACACGGGCGGAUGCAGACGCUGGUGGCGAACGUGGUGGCGGCGGCAGAGGACCCGUACGUGGCCGCGGAGUCGCUGCGGGAGAUCAACGAGCAGCUGCUGAUGCUGAACCCGCUUGCCGCAGAGCGGGUGGUGCCGCAGGGGGAGUUGUUGCUGGCGAUCAUCGACGUGCUGCGCGACGAGCGCCUGCAGGGGGAGCUGCAGCUGCAGCUGAUUGCGUGCCGGUGUCUGUACAACAUGUUCGAGAUGAACCCAGAGAUGGUGUCGAGCGCGGUGGAGAAGGACGUGAUCCCGACGCUGCGGAAGAAGCUGGCGGAGAUCAGCUACAUCGAUCUGGCCGAGCAGGUGCUGGAGACACUGGAGUACAUCUCGCGCCUGCUGGGAAAGGAGAUCCUGGAGUCGGGCAGUCUGGUGGAGUGCCUGCAGUACGUGGACUUCUUCACGGUGCACGCGCAGCGGAAGGCGACCACGAUCGUGGCGAACUCGUGUGCGCGGGCGAAGGCCUGCGACUUCAAGAACAUCGAGGCGUUUUUCCCGCUACUCAAGGGCGUGCUGGUCAACAACAAGGACCAGGUGAUUCUGACAAAGAUGCUGAACGCGCUGUACUCCAUCUGCGGUGCGCUCGGCGCGUCCUCGCGUGCGGAGCUGGAGUCGCUCAUAGAUCUUGAGAUCAUAAGGCGAGUGGUCGGCGUGGUGUCUUCUUCCGACAUAGAUCUGGACGGGAAGCUCCGCUCGAUCGACAUUCUAUCGCAGCUGGCCACCACGAGUCCGAAGAUACGCAAGCAGAUCAUCGACUCGUGCGAUCUGUCCAGCAUGUUGUGGGGCUGUUUCAGUGAGUACAAGAAGAACUCCACCUCGUCUCUGCAUGAAACUCUGAUGUUUGUUCCGAAACAGCUCUUGGCUAGCAUAUCUCGCUUCCUGGCAUUGCUGCUGCCCAUUGAAGAGGAGCAGGUCCUGUCUAUAGACCACCGCGAUGAUCCACAGGCGGUGGCCAUAUCUGAAGAAUACAUCACGCUUGUGGGGCAGCUGAUGCCUUUUCUCAUUGAGAUAUAUUUGAAUACUGUGGACUUCGACAUCCGUCGGUACAUCCUGAUCUCUCUAGCUAGAAUUGCUUCUAUUAUGAGUUCCAAUUCGUCCUACGUCGACAAGCAGCUAAUUGGUCUUCUAUCUUCGAGCAUUACCCAGAAUAAGUCGGCGUACGAGCAGGAUAAGGGUGAUAAGUUGGUCACGGGGGGGUUGCUCAUUGGCUUGUUAUCAGUUUCUACCAUAAUGAUCGCCAAGUGCUCCCAAAACGUUCUACCGGCUCUAAGAAGGGAGGGAACAUUUGAGAUUCUGAGGUCUUUGUAUAGCUACUUGCAGCAGACCCAUGACCCGAAGGGAAUAGAUGAAGGCAGUGAGCCGUUUGACAUCUCGGAGGACCCUGACGACGGCGAUGAUGUUACGCAUAGUACGAGUGGAAUCUCAAGUGAUGAAGAUGACUACGAUAUGGAGUUUGGCGAAGUCGAUGUGCCAGACCAGGUGAAACCCAAGAAAAUUAAAUUUGCUGUGUUUCGUCCACUAACAACGCAAUACGUUGAAAAGAAGCUGUGGCAGCUGUGCCAGACACUAGUCGAAGGCCUAUCUUCUAACGACGAAUCGGUCAUCAAUGAAUUGAGGGAAAUAGAAGAACUGGUUUCAUUUUUGCACUCGGUGGAUCGCUCCGAGGACUCUCCCGAAUAUUGGACACGCACUUGGACUGCUGUUCGAGAUAUGAUCUUCAGAGACAACUUCACCAUUUCAGGAUUUGAAUUUAUAUCUACUGGUCUUUCUGACGGCAUUUGCAGGUUGAUCAAAUUGCAUCCGUCCAAGUCCUCUAGUUGUAGGACUGCAUUUAUUCAGGUUUUUUCUGAUAGACUGGAGUUGUUAGUGAAGACCUUGCAGUCCGCUUUAACCAAACUGGAGUCCUUUGAGAUCAUUGACUGUGGCACAACCGAAAGUCGCGCAGCGUCGCUGGGCAAGCAGAUGAAACUGAAACUAGAAUAUAUUGGUGACUUAAAGAAGGACAAUAUACCCCCAAUGAUGUCGUCGCUAAUGGUUAACAUUCAUUGCAUCUCGUCUUAUAAGACAUUGAAUGAAUUUUUAAAGCACCGGGUAGCGCAAUCCCGUUUUUUAAAUUCCAUAUUGCCGCUUUCAAAUUCAAUUGCCGCUUCGGAUGAUGUUAAGACAAUGAAUUUUCAAUUCCAGGCUGGCGAUGAGAUAAUAAGCUCAUCAGAGACAAUUUUCGGCUCUAUUUUCAAGUACAUGUCUAAUGCGAAGAGAAGCCCAACUCAGAUUUGGAGUGAAGUACAAGUCAUAAAGUACAAAAGGGUAUAUGAGGAAAAUGAUGAUCCCGACAUUACGCGCUUGUAUCCUGAACAUGUUUUUGACAGCGAAGAACUGAAGCCUAUAGACGGUAUUCUAGAUUUGUUGUCUUGCUGCUAUAACAUUGUCGAGGACAGCAGUCUUUUCGUUAACCCGAAACUCACCGUUAAGCUUUCCCGGCAAUUAGAAGAACCUCUGAUUGUCGCAAGCGGGGCCCUGCCUAGGUGGGCGUUGCAUAUCACGAGGCAUUACUUUUUCCUAUUCCCGCUGGACGUUAGAAUGUUCUUUUUGCAGAACACGUCCUUCGGCUAUGGCAGGCUGAUUCAACUGUGGAAGGAGCGGACCGAAAACGAGAAGUAUUCAUCAAGUGAUGACCAGCUUCAGCAGCUUGGCCGACCAACAAGACACAAACUCCGUAUUUCUAGGGAGAAUAUGUUUCUGAGCGCAUUGAAGAUUUUGUCCAAGUAUGGAUCGAGCCCAAGCGUGCUGGAAAUUGAGUACCAAGACGAGGUGGGCAUAGGUAUGGGACCAACUCUAGAAUUCUACGCGUCCGUCUCGAAGGAAUUUGCCCGGAAAUCCCUGGGUAUGUGGCAUGGAAGCAGCGUACCAGGCGACGACUUCUUGGACGGCCUGUUGUUCCCUGCCCCCCUUUCUCCAAAGCGGAACGGGGCCAAGAUCUACGAGCUCUUCACACACCUAGGCACGUUCGUUGCUCGCUCCAUGCUGGACAAUCGCAUCCUCGACUUCCGCUUUAAUAGGGUUUUCUUCGAUCUCAUGCACACCGCGGCCCGCCGUGAGGAGCUGGACUUCGCGCAUCCCGCCAAGCUCCUGGAGUCCCUAAGGCUCAUCGACCCCCAGCUUGCCAAAUCGCUGGCUUUUGUCCGCGAGCCGCGCAACUGGCCCGAUCUGGAGUCGAUGGCGCUCUCGUUCACUGUCCCCGGUUACGACUUUGACCUCGUCGAGGGCGGCGCCAACACCCCGGUCACCGCCGCAAACGCAGAACUCUAUGUGGCACGGGUGCUCGAUGCGUUCCUCGGCUCGGGCGUCAGACAGCAGCUGCGUGCCUUCAUGGAGGGCUUCUCGCGCGCCUUCCCAUACUCCUCGCUGCUUGUCCUGACCCCUGACGAGCUGUCCGAGCUCUACGGCAGGGUCGAGGAGGACUGGUCCGUCGAGACGCUGUACUCGUACAUCACCGCAGACCACGGCUACAGCAUGGACUCCCCCACCCUGCACGACCUGAUCGCGGUCAUGGCCGCCUUCGACCAGCAUCACAGGCGCCUCUUCCUGCAGUUCCUCACUGGCUCGCCCAAGCUGCCCGUCGGCGGCUUCAAAAACCUCAAGCCACAUCUCACCGUCGUCCUCAAGCACCCCGAGGGCGACCUCUCCCCGGACCAGUACCUGCCCAGUGUCAUGACCUGUGCCAACUACCUCAAGCUGCCGAAGUACAGCUCCCGCGAGGUCCUUCGCGCCCGCAUCGUCCACGCCAUCCACGAGGGCUCGGGCGCGUUCCUGCUCUCCUGA